AUGGCAAACGCGUGGUCUCAACUUCCUUCCCUCGUCUUGGAUCCCCGGCACUCUCCCUCUACGCUCCUACUUCUCGACCUGGCCAACUCGGUCUUGGCCAUAGGAACCUCCGUUCUGGGCCUGCCAAUGCGCCUCCUGCACUCGUUUGACUUCUGGACCUCGACCCAAUUCUGGGUCUGGGUCUUUUUGGUAGUGUCGAUCCAUCGCUACCUGAGACUCAUAGUUCACUGCUUCAGUCACUGGCUCUACAAGUCGACGCCCCUUCCGGACAACCCAGUUCACAAGUGCGAGGAUGCCACGGUCGUGAUUCCUACAAUCCACGACAAUCCUGAGGAAUUGAAGCCCUCUCUCGAGAGCAUCCUUGCCUGCAAUCCAGCCUGUCUUAUACUGGUGACGCCCUACAACAAAGUCAAAGCAUUGCAAAAAGUGGCAGAUGGACUGAGUAGCCCGAAUGUCAAGGUCCUCCAAACCUCCAUUGCAAAUAAACGGCUGCAGAUCUGCGAGGCAAUUCCUCUGGCUCGAACCAAAAUCACGAUACUGACGGAUGACGACGUGACUUGGCCUUCCACGAUGCUCCCCCAUCUUCUUGCUCCGUUCGACAAAGAUGCCCAAAUAGGCGGUGUUGGAACUUGCCAGCGGGUGAAGCGCGUGAGGGACGGAUCUUUCAUGACUCGCAUCUGGAACUGGCUUGGUGCCGCUUACAUCGAACGCCGCAACUUUGAGAUUUCCGCCACGCAUAACAUUGACGGAGGUACCUCGUGCAUGUCUGGCAGAACAGCAGCGUAUCGGACGGAAGUCUUGAAUGACCCUUUUUUCAUGGAAGGUUUCAAGACUGAGAAAUGGGGAGACAAGAUCCUCAACACCGACGACGAUAACUUUGUCACGCGCUGGCUUGUAGGCCACCGUUGGAAGACUACCGUCCAGUAUCGACCAGAAUGUGAGCUCGAGACCACUCUCGAGAAUGACCACAAGUUUCUCUAUCAAUGCACUCGUUGGGCCCGCAGCAAUUGGAGAAGCAACUAUACCAGUCUCUUCAGAGAGAGAUAUGUGUGGAAACGACAACCGUGGUGCACAUAUGCGCUUCACAUUGCCACCUUCACUUCUCUUGCCAUUGUUUUCGACCCCCUAAUACUCGUAUCAUGUUGGUGGGCCACAGCCGACUGGGACACGCCACACCGACGAUUCGCAUUCUGGGCUCUGUUCACCUUCAUGUUUGGCUUUACAAAAACCGUCAAGUUGCUUGGCUUGUUUAGACGAAAUCCUGGCGACAUUGUCUUCUGGCCCGUAUCCGUCUUUUUUGGAUACGUGCACUCCCUCAUCAAGCUCUACGCCCUCUUUACUCUUAGCGCGACUACAUGGGGCAGUAGAAGCGAUGGCGACGCCAAUAACGAGUCGCGACUACAAGAAAAGCCCAGGCCAUCGGAGUAUUUGCAAACCCCUGUCGAGCCUGUAUAUCUUGGGUCCAGUGAGUGCCGCCGGAAGGGGCAGCGGCCUCAGAAUGGCAAUCGAGACAACAGGUCGUCGGAAACGCACGGCCGCGCUCUUUGCAAUGCGAAGACGUCUCAUGUUGUUUGA